AUGACCUCCAUAAUACCGAGGCUUCCCUCGUAUCCCUCCACCGCUUCUCUCGCUUCGUUGUCUCCGGCUCAGCGUAGUACGCUGAAUGCAACUGUGCUUACGAUCUUGUCGCAGACUCUUCCCCUUCCGCCGGAAAAGCGGGACAGCAAAUCGUCUCUCUCAUUUCUGGAGUCAUACGCAAGAAAUGUGGCUAGGGACGACUUGCAGAUGCUGAUAUGGGGCAUCCAGGAUGUGAAAGAGCGAGAGAAGCGCGAGCCCGAAGGCAGGAAGUUGAAGGGGAAAGUCUUAGCCCUAGCGCAGGCCCUAGUGACUUCACCCAAUCCAGAAGCAAGGCCUUCCUUGCAGGUCUUGCUCGACCUAUGUGUGGUAUUUGCCGCCUUUCCCUCGCGAGUGCGGUCUCUGCUCUCGUCCGCUUUGGCUACGUCUGGCUCGCUCUCUCAGAAUGUCGCCGAGGAAGCCGUACCUGCCUUGACCGCUUUACUCUCGCCUGGCCACUCGGGAGGGCUCUACGGGCUGCGCAAGACAGCACAUAUCCUCGAAUGCUUCCUUCGCUGCUCACCGAAGGAAUUCAUCGCGCCAUUUGCCCUCAGCAAGCAAUUCAUUACAACCCUAGCUAGAGCGUAUGACGAGGGUCUCGCGUCGAUUGCUCGAUCGUAUGGAGGAAUAGGCAACUUGGCCGCAAACGCGCAAUCACACCCGGACCGUCUGGAUGAUUGGGAGCUGCUAUACCUACAGACAAAGCGGUCUAUAUUAGAUUCGUUCCAUAUCCUUCUGUCCUCCUUGCUAGCCUCGAUCUCCCCGUCCGCGUCGAGUUCACAAAUGCUGAAUGCUUUGGACAUACUCUCGGCCCUUACGCAGCUUUCGUCCCCUGAUACAACUUCAGCUUCCUCUGCUCAGCCCAUUCCGUUCGUGAACCGACCUCUACUCACAGAUUAUCUGACUACACAGUCGCAGCAGCUCUCGCGUACCCUCGUGUCUCUCAUGCAAACGGAUAAUAAGAAAUGGGAGGCUCUGGAAGCUUCUUUACGGUCGCUGGAGACUGAAGCCGAGAAGCAGGAGCAAUCGCUGCAGCCUGAGAUGGUCAAGUUGCUUCUGCGGUCGUCCGGAAUGCCGAGACUGCAGCCUGUCGAGCCUGAGUUGAGGAGAACAUCCUCGACGCCCCCACCUGAAGUGGCAUCAAAGGGUAAAGAGCGUGCAGCGCCGGAAGAGCCUGACUUGGAUCUCGACCUGAAAGUAACGCAGGUACUCGAUAUCCUGUCAGAUCAGGAUCCUUCCUAUGUCAGGCAGCUCCUCAAGGGCGGACGGGGUGUCGAGGCGGUUGUGGAGGGAAUACUGGAAGGCAUUGUCCCAUCUCCGGAAGAGCUCCUUAAUUCUGAAGUCGGGAAUGUAAAAGGCACAAACAAAGUCGAAGAAGACAUCAAGCAGUAUAUUUCGCAGAGAAGGAACGUAUUCGAUGACGAGAGAAUUGAAGAGGCCCAGGUUUGGGUAGGUAAAAACAGAGAGGACACCAGCUUUGCCAAAGAUCCCUACUUAGCGCAGAUGAAAGCUGACAUCCUGAGGCGUGUCGAGGAAAUGUCGUCUGAUGAGGAAGAGGAGUCGCAUACCACAAACGUCGCCUUCGACGAGGACGAUGACCUGGACGCGGUCAGGGUGAAAGUCGGCGGAGACGACGAUGACAUCGAAGGGUCUUCGUCCACAGACGGCGAGCACGACGAUGGGGAGGCUGGGACUCAGGCGCCUCGGAAUCCUGAAGGGAUCAUCGAGCAUGCUUACCUGGCUGAUCCCAGCUUAUUUGAGAGGGACGCGAAGACCAGACGGAGUGACGGUAGAGGCAAGCUCAAGGCGGAGACCGGCUGGUCGGACGAACAAAUCGAAGGAUGGCGGAUCAUGCUCGAGAGAGACCCCAAAGCAAAGCAAAGGCUGCAAGAGAAGUACGAGUUCUCCGGAAACAGACAGGAGUCACCACCCGUUGCUUCCACUUCUGGUGCGCCUGGAGGAAGAGGAGGACAGAGAGGUGGCCGUGGACGCGGCCGAGGUGGUGGUAGGGGCAGAGGUGGCGGCGGCGGCGGUGGUGACAUGAAUCGGGACAGAGCACGGAAGGAGCGAAGAGGGAACGUGCAACGGAAGAGGGGACAUGACAAGAAAAUGGCGCGAGGUGGGGCACCUUGA